UUUUGUAGUAGAUUAAAAUUGGAAAAUUCUCAAAAUAAUUCGCAAUCAUUUUUCUAAUUUAAUAUCGGGUAGGGUGGGAGAAAUAUAUAAUCCACACUUUUUCACUAUAUUGUUAGUUUAGAUUUUAUCAUUAGGUAAAAUUAAAAAAUUAAGUAAAUCGUUACUUAAUUAACAGCUGUCAAAAUGAGUGACGAUGACCAGAAAACGGAAAUUAUCCGCAAAGCCUUCACCAUGUUUGAUACAGGCAAAACAGGAUUCAUCGAAACUAUAAAAAUCGCCACCAUCUUGAACACAAUAGGUCAACUUUUCGAUGAAACGGCAUUAAACGAAUUAAUUAGAAAGAAUGACCCUGACAAAACUGGUCAAGUCAAUUUUGACGGUUUCUUUGAAAUUGUUUCCCCCUUCUUAGAGGAAGAUCUUGAUGAAGCGGAAACCCAACAAGAACUGAAAGAGGCUUUUAGGUUGUAUGACAGAGAAGGAAACGGUUACAUCACGACAGGAACGUUAAAGGAAAUUUUAGCAGCUCUGGAUGACAAUCUUACAAGCAGAGACUUAGAUGGAAUCAUUGCUGAAAUUGAUACUGAUGGAUCAGGAACUGUAGAUUUUGAUGGUAAACAAAAAUCAUAUUUUACACACUGUGGUGAUAAAGUAAGGAACAAAAUUCAUAAUCGUGUUAUUUAA